GAUAUACGCUGCCAGAUACAAUCGCAAAAUCACUGGCAUGGCAGCUGCUUUUGAGAAAAAACUCCUGACCCACACCUGGCCGGGCAAUAUCCGGGAGAUCCAGCAUGCCAUAGAAAGAGCCGUAAUUCUGACAUCCGGAAAUAUAAUACGUGAAGACGCAUUUGAAGGGCAAAACCGCACAUCAUCAAGUAGCUCAGUGACACUGAAUAGCUAUCAAAUUGAAGAGAUGGAGAAACAAUUGGUCAUCAAAAUGAUGAAGAAAUACAAUGGAAACAAUGCUAAAGGGGAAUCCUUCGAAGAUUUGAAUGCCAGCCUUAAUGCCGUCAUCAAAAGUUUCAAUCAGGUGCGUGCAGAGCGUGAAGCUACUUUGCAUUUUAUUCAAGCCAUCAUACAGCAGAUCAAUGUCGGGAUACUUUCGUACAACACGGAUGGAAAAAUCGAACUCAUCAAUCAGGCAGCCAAUAAGAUCAUGGGCAUCUAUAAGCUUUCCCACGUUUCCGCCAUAAAUAUACAACAACCUGAUAUCUACCAACUUAUGACCACAUUGCCGUCAGGUGAAUCCAAACUACUGAAAGUCAGUAAUCAGGAGAUCUCCUUAAGUGUCAAAGAAAUCAUACUGAGAGACCGCAAGAUCAGAUUGAUAGCACUACAUAAUAUCCGCUCAGAACUUCAAAACCGAGAACUCGAAGCAUGGCAAAAUCUCACAAAAGUACUUCGUCACGAAAUCAUGAAUACGGUGACUCCCAUAGUCUCACUAUCUCAGACGAUGAGAGAUAUCAUCGAUACAGACCUGAAAGAUGUGUCAGGCCAUCAGCAGGUAGAAGGUGUCAAAGAUCUCAAAAAUGCCAUCAAUACAGUCAUUAACCGUAGCAAGGGCAUCAUGAAUUUCGUCAAUGCCUAUAGAGAAUUCACCAACAUCCCUUUGCCCAAUGUUUCAGAGCUGCACAUAUCA